GCGUAGGUGGAGGCGGUGGCGGAGUACGUAAUCUCAGCGUCGCGCGGAGGACGGUGAGAGCGCCUCCGCCGUCGGAACUAUGGCUGCGGUGAGGGUGUUCCGGGUCACGGGCGCGCCGGUAGCGGCGGCGGCGACGGCGGCGACGAGGGUGGCCGUUCGCCAGGGGUGCGCGGCUCUGGAGCGCGCUGUCGGGCACUAUGCAGUCCCCGCGUCCCACAACGCAGGCUGUGCGGCGGUGGCGUCCCCUCGCCGUCAUGGCCAAUGCCAUCGCCACCGUCAGAUCUCCUCCUCCUCCUCCUCCUCCUCCAUUUUCCUAGCCGGUAGAUCGUUGGUGUCAGUUCUUAAUCGCAGGCUAGGCCCCCGCCGCCGCGUGUCCCUAGCGCGCUUGUCCAUCCGCGCAGACUAUCAGGCCAAACCUGAAGGUGAGCCCACAAGCUUGGAUUUCCGCGUGUUCCUUGUCGAUGAUGACGGCAAUCCUGUCUCCGCAUGGCACGACAUACCCCUUCACGCGGGCGACGGGCUAUUGAACUUCGUCUGCGAGAUCCCUAAGGAGUCCAGUGCGAAGAUGGAAGUGGCCACGGAUGAGGCCGGGACACCAAUCAAGCAGGACACCAAGAAGGGGAAAUUGCGGUUUUACCCUUACAACAUCAACUGGAAUUACGGCAUGCUGCCGCAGACGUGGGAGGACCCAUCUCACGCAAAUCCUGACGUGGAGAACGCGCUGGGGGACAACGAUCCCGUCGACGUCGUCGAGAUCGGAGAGCGGGAAAUCCAGAUGGGAGAGGUGGUCAAGGUCAAACCCCUAGCGAUUUACGCUAUGAUCGAUGAGGGAGAGCUCGACUGGAAGCUUGUCGCCAUAGCCGCUGAUGACCCCAAGGCACCUCUCGUGAACGACAUAGCCGACGUCGAGAAGCAUUUCCCUGGCACGCUCAAUGCGAUUAGAGUGUGGUUCCGUGAUUACAAGAUCCCUGACGGGAAACCGGCGAACCGGUUUGGACUCAACGACAAGCCGAUGGGAAGAGAUUACGCGCUCAAGGUGGUGGAAGAAACGAAUGAGUUCUGGGCCAAGCUAGUCAAACGCACAACUCCCAAGGGCGAGCUGUCUCUCGUUUAAUCACAUAGCACACGCCUCUCUCUCUCUCUCUGUGUCUCUCUCUCUCUCUCCCCCCACCCUGCUCUUGCUCUUCCCUCCUCUGGCAUGUCUCUAGGUUCUUCUCUUUGCUUGUCGUGCCAUCUGUUUGUCUGUUAAGUGGACUAAACACCGUUGAAUUAGCUGAGGCCCAUUCAUACUCGAAAGCGAGCGAGCGAGAGAGAGAGAGAGAGAGAGAGAGAGAGAGAGAGAGAGAGAGAGAGAGAGAGAGAGAGAGAGAGAGAGAGAGAGAGAGANGAGAGAGAGAGAGAGAGAGAGAGAGAGAGAGAGAGAGAGAGAGAGGGAUGACGUGUAGGAUGUAGGCGGAUCGAGAUUACAGGGCUUGGGAGGUAGUAAAGGAGUAGAGAAAGGGAGGAGGGGGGGUAGCUGUGUCCUCCCGUCUUCAUUCCUGGGUGGUAAGUUAAGCGCAGUGCGCCCUUUUCAAGAAGUAGGUUAUGUGCGCAACUCAUCUACCUUAUACUAAUUGAUCGAACGACGUCGAUCUGAGUUGUUAUUAUGUCCGUUUUAAACUGUGUCGGGAUACGGUUGUCUGGUCCGGAGCCCAAUUCUGGUUGGAAAGUUCUUGAGCUCGCCUCCAGCGUCGCUGUUAGCAGCCAGUGGCGCCAUAGCUGCGCGCUCUAAUCGAACAACGGCCCGUACAUGCGCAGGCGGAUUUUGCAUCCACUUUGUGGGCUGAAGAUUCUGAAAAUGCGAACGCGUGGAGCCCCUUAUGGACUUGAGAGUUUAAGAUGGGGCGGAGUUUAAGAUGGGGCGUUGUUCGAUUAGAGCGCGCGCAGCUAUGGUGCCACUGGCUGCUAUUUCGCGUCCCGCGUGCUACCGUCUUCCGCCGAACACAACGCACCCGCACUUUUGCUGUACCUGACCGGAAAUAUGGCUUAUAUACAUUCAUUGUCAGGGUAUUGUCAGGCGCCACUGGCUACUAUUUUGCGUUUCGCGUGCUACCGUCUUCCGCCGAUCACAACGCACACGCAUUUUGCCUGUUCCUGAUCGGAAAAUGGCUUAUGUACACUCAUUGUCAGGAUAUCGUCUGGGUGCGUUCUGUUCGGGGGAGGACGGUAGUUUGGCAACCGCUCCCGUACGUGGAGAAAACGUGUCUGAUUCUUUGAAGUACAAUGUAUCUGGACGGGAAGCGGGAAGUUUGAGGGCUCGGAGAUCCUACAAGUAUGUCGUAUCGCCAAAGCAAGUGUCAUACCUUUCACGAGGCUGAUCGUUUUUGGGGCGUUUUUUCGACGGCAGGCACGAAGAGGAGAACGCGGCAAGGGCGGGGAGGGGGGGGAGGGAGGAGGUGGAGGAGAGGGAGGGAGAGGGAAGGCAUGCAUGAAGAGGAGAAUGUGAAGGAGGGGGGGAGGGAGGGGGGCCGAGGCUGAUCGUUUUCGGGGCUUUUUUUUUCGACGGCAGGCACGAAGAGGAGAACGCAGAAGGGAGGGGGGAAGGGAGGGAGGGGGAGGGGGGGGGGGGGGGGGGGGGGGGGGGGGGGGGGGGGGGGGGGGGGGGGGGGGGGGGGGGGGGAGGGAAGGGGCGAGGAGAGAAAGGGAAGACAGAUGACGCAUAAUGACAGAAGAGAUCAGAGGAAGGGUUGGGAAGGGAAGUGUAACGAGGGACAAGUUUCAAGGUGGGACGAAGUUAAGAAGGCCAGCGACGAGGGCCGAACGGCUCAUCAGGGGGGGAAAGGAGAAAGUUGGAUGCAGAGGAAGAAGGGAACAAUGCUGGGUGUGGAGUGUGGAUUGACGCAGCGAUAUCCUCGUAUACAUCGUUAUCAGGGGUUUAGCGCCAUAAGACAGGGGUUUGUGAAUAUGUUUGUGAAAUUCGAAAAGCGCUUUUCAGUAGCAAUGACCCGGGACGUAAUAAACGUGUCACCCUCGA